GCCAUUAAUAGAGACCUGAAGCACCGCCUGCUAAAAAUACUCGGCUGGAGCCCCUAUAAAAGCGCUUCUUGCUCCAGCGCCCGACACUUCUCUGAGCCUCAGCCAGACGCGCAGAUCCGAUCCAGCAUGACAGAGCGCCGCGUGCCCUUCUCGCUCCUUCGGAGCUCAAGCUGGGACCCUUUCCGCGACUGGUUCCCGCCCCACGGCCGCCUUUUCGAGCAGUCGUUCGGGAUGCCGCGGUUGCCCGAAGAUGUGGCGCUCUGGUUGGGCCACAGCGGCUGGCCCGGCUACGUGCGCCCUGUGCUCCCGGCCGCGGAGGGCUCCUCGGCAGUGGCCACGCCCGCCUACAGCCGCGCGCUCAGCCAUCAGCUCAGUAGCGGCGUCUCGGAGAUCCGGCACACGGCCGACCGCUGGCGCGUGUCCCUGGACGUCAACCACUUCGCCCCCGAGGAGCUGACGGUCAAAACCAAGGACGGCGUGGUGGAGAUCACCGGCAAGCACGAAGAAAGACAGGAUGAACAUGGCUACAUUUCGCGGUGCUUCACUCGAAAAUACACGCUGCCCCCUGGUGUGGACCCCACCCUGGUCUCCUCCUCCCUGUCCCCUGAGGGCACGCUCACCGUGGAGGCCCCGAUGCCCAAACCAGCCACACAGUCAGCAGAGAUCACCAUCCCUGUCACCUUCGAGGCUCGUGCCCAGAUUGGGGGCCCAGAAGCUGGAAAAUCCGAGCAGCCUGAAGCCAAGUAAAGGCCUUAGCCCUGCUUCAAACCCCCCUUUAGCCGUCACUGACCAUCCCCACCUGUCAGCCUGUAUGCUCUUUUGAUACCUUUAUGUUCUGUUUUUCUCAAAUAAAGUUCAAAGCAACUGCC